UCAGCUUGGCCAUGAAAUUCAACAAAACCCCCCAUCUUUAGUUUUAUUCUCCCAAAGCUCAAUUCUCAUUGGCGUUUAAGAUCUGCUCUUGAACACCUCACUUCUGCAAAACAAAACCCACCACUCUCCUCCAACCAUCUCCACCACCUUUCUGUCAGAACUCAGAAGAGCCUUGGCUAUUUGUAUAUCAGAAAAUGAAGCUUUUUGGUUGGAUGCAAAAUAAGCUUAAUGGAAAGCAGGGGAACAAGAAACAAAAUACAGUUCCUACUACUACUCAUCCUGCAAAACAAGAGCCUCGUGAAGAAUUCAGUGACUGGCCUCAUGGAUUACUAGCAAUUGGAACUUUUGGAAACAAUGAUUUGAAAGAAAAUGCAGCUGAAAGCCAAGAUAUUCAGGAAGAUCCAACUUCAUCAGAAGAAAUACUAGAUAAUUUCACUCCUGAAGAGGUUGGCAAAUUACAUAAAGAGUUAACAAAGCUCUUAACACGAAAACCGAACAUCGAAAAGGAAAUCGCAGAUCUUCCAUUGGACAGAUUUCUAAACUGCCCAUCAAGCUUGGAGGUUGAUCGGAGAAACAGCAAUGCGCUUUGCUCCGAUUCAGCAGAUGAUCACAAGGAUGAAGACAUUGAGAAGACUAUUAGUGUCAUACUUGGUAGAUGCAAAGAAAUUUGUGGAGAUAAUAAUAAGAAGGCAAUUGGGAAGAAAUCCAUUUCUUUUCUACUCAAGAAGAUGUUUGUUUGCAGAAGUGGAUUUGCACCACAACCAAGUUUGAGAGAUACACUUCAAGAGUCAAGAAUGGAGAAGCUUUUGAGGGUAAUGCUUAACAAGAAGAUCAUCAAUCCGCAAGGAUCUUCUCGAGCAGCAUCAAUGAAGAAAUACCUGGAGGAUAGACAGAUUCCAACAAAGAAGGAAAGUAACACUGAAGAUGAUACAAAAGAGAAAAUUAAUGAUGGAUGUAAAUGGGUCAAGACAGAUUCUGAAUAUAUAGUCCUAGAAAUUUGAGUGUGCCUCUGACUUUAUUGGCAUGCUUAUUAGUUAUUACAAAGAGUCAGAAGUUUAUGCUUCAUACAAUUAUGAACUGAAAUACUUGAAAUUGGCAAAGUCUGAGAAAUUUCAUAGGGGCAACAACAAAUCACCAAUAAGUUCAUCCCCAGUUGCUUCUGAGAUGAUCAUAAAAUAUGCAUGUAUGACUGAGACAGCUUUUCUAUUUUCUUAACUGUGGCGGUUCCCCUUUUUUUCAUGGUUGCAUCUGUGGAAACAGUUGCAAUGCAUGUUAUGAAAUUUCAAGGGGACAAGGGAUUUCUGUAGUCUGUGCUGGCAAAUUGAGCUAGACGAUAUCUACAUUUUUCAUCCUAUUUAUUUUCUACACAUUUUUCUCUGU